AUGAACCAUGUAUUCAGUUAGCCAUCUGAUUUGUCUCUCCAAUAAGUAGGCACAUACAAAAAGAUAAAGAAGAUGAAGUCAAAAGCAAAAGUCUAGAAUGGACCAAAUAAUUAGAACGUGUCUACUUCAACUAAGGACGAAGUUAAAUAUCUAUUGGAGUUGACUUCCUCUAAACAAGUAGACAAAAAGUAAUAAACAGAACUUCCUAGACCAACCAAAACGAGUUCUUACCUAAUGGGUCAUUUGGAAAGUGAUAUAUUUAACAAUUCUUACAAAAUUAUUUCAUUACAACAAUAGAAACAUGAAAUAAUUGUGAAAUGUCUACCUUUUAAGGAAACAAAUUUGCUUGAUAUUAAGAAAGACUUUCCUUUUUACAUAAAUUUAGAUUAGGUUUCUAUGAAUCUUUAUAGUUAUGACACACAAAGAACUUUAGAAUGUAUAAAAUAAAAAGAAGUUCCUCUAGAAAAAUUUGAAUUCAUCAUAAAUCCAAAUCAAGAUAUUAUCGGAUGUAAUCGAAUAGUCAACAAUUCAUGGCUCAAAAUGUUUGGAAUCAAUUAAGACAUGAUGAUUCAUAAUUUACUAAGGAAUUAGUCCUUCCCAUUUGGAUGGGGUCUUGAAAAUUAAAAUAUAUAAAAUUAGGCUUCUAAUACUUUUUUUAAUAAAAAGUUGAGAGUUUAGUUGGUUUGUUAUAAUGGUACAAAAUUCCAUGCAGAUAUCCAGGUGAGAUCAGAGAUCGAAACAAAUUCGAAAAACUAAUUUAUAUAAAGAUAUUAAAUUUAAUACUUCAUCAAUCGAGAGAAUUUGAGUUUAUCAUAGGUGGAACAAAAUUUCCAAAUGUAUUUUCAAUUAAAGGAUCUUACUUAAGAGUUAAUGGAUAAAUUUAUCGUUAAAACAAAUAAGCAAUGCCAAAUAAAGAAGUUGUGA